UGUCUUCUUCCCAGACUUUUUUCCUUUUUCUUUCUUUUUUUCCCCCAUGUAGGCUAAUAUACAGGCCGGCGCUGCAAUUUCGGAAUCUGCCCUUGUAUAUGGCGGACGAAAUUUCCACAGGAGGAACCGCAAAACAAACCCCCUGUGCGAGGCAGAAACGGAGAGCUUGCACGGACUGAAGUAAACCUCGGCAAAUUCAUGAUUCAUUACGCCAUUACUCUUUUUCUAAAAUGUAACGUAGCGUGUCGCGGAGGGGGUAAAAAAACCGCGGUGGUGAAAAUUUGUAACAUUUGGAAUUUCUCAUAAGUAAUUCACAAUUUUUUUGAGGAGGCAGUUGUGCAGUCACCUCUGGUCGGGGAGGGAAGAUAUCUGGAGCGGGAGCCUGUUUCGCAUGAGCUGCAUCGUUUUUGGAGAAGCACGGGCUCAGAGGAGGUGGAGUCAUGAGCGCACAAGAGGCACCCAAUCCUGGGAAGGAGCAGGUGGACGGUGGGAGUGCGGCCACAGAUGGUCCCUUACCAACCAUUGUCCCAAAGACCAAGAGUAUAAGUCCACCACCUGUGACUGUAAAGAAAGAGCCUGGGAUCUCCGAGACGAGUAACGGGAAAGUGGGUGAAGCCAACCCUGCUGAAAUCUGUGUUGUCAUUGGAGGAAAUGAUGGAGGAGCAAGUGGAGGUGGAUCGCGUAGAGCUCAGACCGAGGGUAUGUUUGCCCUUGGUACUCCUCCUCCAACGAAGAGCACAGACUCAUGCAUAGGUUCCUAUGUAUGUGGGGUAUGUGGGAAGAAGUACAAGUACUAUAACUGCUUUCAGACACACGUCAGAGCACAUAGAGAAUCAGAUAGCAUGGUUGCGGAUGGUCUACCCCAGACGGCCAACAUCUUGUCUCCUCACUGUAGCCGCCUUCCCAUAGGUGACAUCCUAAUACCAGAUAGCUUCCGUUACUCCUGUGACAUCUGUGGCAAGAAGUAUAAAUACUACAGCUGCUUCCAGGAGCACCGUGACCUGCAUGCGGUUGAUGAUCCCUAUGAACAGGUAGUGUUACCUGUGGAUGGCCUUAAAGAGGAGGAGCCAGUUGAACCCUAUCAGAAAAUUGGACCAAGGGAAAAAGCACUCGCCCUCCUCCGCAGAGACCGCGGGUUCAACCUACGGCAGCGGGUGUCCCUUCAAACACAAUUGGCAGUGUUCGCAGAAACUGGGAGCUACGUUUGUGAGUUCUGUGGGAAGCAGUACAAGUAUUUCAACCCAUACCAGGAGCAUGUUGCUCUGCACACACCAAUGGGCACUUUUGAUUUGAAGACAUCACGGGUACAGGACUGUGGUAGCAUGGAUAUGAGUAAAUUUGGCCACAGCCAAACUGGUAAGAUAAAAAACAGUCCAUUUAGGCGGAAACUGGAAAGUGCAAUUCAGUCUAGUCUGGUUGACACAAACAGUUCGCAGAAUUCAAGCGGAACUCCGAGCCCUCUGGUGGCCAGCACCUUCGCUACAUCCCAGAAACCCUACACUUGUGGUGCCUGUGGCAUCCAGUUCCAGUUCUACAACAACCUGCUGGAGCACAUGCAGUCCCACGCUGCUGACAAUGAGAACCACACCAAAGGGGACUCUCCCAAAACCUCCUCAGCCUCCGCUCCUCAAGAGCCGCUGUGGAGAGGCUCUCAGGCUCAGGCCCAUUCCUCAGUUAAACUACAAAUCCAGCCUCAAAGUAUCUCCCAGAGAAACCACACACUCAGCCAGAAUAAUGGACUACCUGAGAAGGAACGACAGCAGGUGGCUGAGCGCCUCUUACGGGUAAUGUGCUCAGAUCUGAGCAUGCUAAGCGUGCUCAACAGCAAGGACUUCCUGAAGUUGGCACAGACCCUAGUGGAUACGGGUGCUCGUCAUGGUGCCUACUCCACCCGUGAUGCUUUUGGCAACAUGAGUGCCUUGGCACUGCGCCAGCUGCCCCGCAUGUAUAAUCAAGUCAAAGUCAAAGUCACUUGUGCUCUUGGCUCCAACGCUUCCCUUGGCAUCGCCGUCACCUGCCACUCCCAGACUUCAGGCCCAGAUGCCUGCUACGUUCUCACCGCCUAUCAGGUGGAGGGCUCGAGACUGAAGCGAUACGUGCUCGGUGUGAGGGAGGCCGAGCUGAGAGAGGGGCCCGAGCAGGUUCACCACUGGGUGCAGAAUGUGCUGUCUGAGUUUGUGAUGUCAGACAUUCGCACCGUGUAUGUCUCGGAGCCCAAAGUGUGGGCGGCCGGAUUCGCGGGAUCGCCACUCGGUGGUGGGCGGGGCAGGAUAUGCUUGCGGUGCGCGGGGUGUUCACUCGGUGCAGUCGUCCAGGCUGUCCUCGGGAAGCGCAGCCUCCAGGCUCGAGGUCUUCAUGAGCUGGUUGAGCUUCUCUCCACAUGCCGAGACAUCGCCUCCUCCACCACCCUGUCCCUUCGCGACGAGCAGAGCAACAACACAUCCACAAGCACAACCGAGGAAGGCACACAGGGCAGCCCUGCACAAUGCCCCACCCCUCCUUGCUGGGAUCGUACGGCUGAAGCUCUUCUGCAGGUCCACGCCCACUUUGAACAGAUCUGUGAGGCCUAUGGACGCAGCAAGACCACGGCUCCACUCCUCCAAGGUCUCAACAAGCAUCUGCUAAGUACGCUGGCUUGUCUGCUGGCACCUCUGCGUCUUGCAGCUCUGGAGCUGAGCAGCCAUAGGAGACCAACCCUACAGCAAGUGCUGCCCGUCUACCUGCGAUUGGAGAAGUUUUUCACAUCCAAAGCUGGAGAGGCUGGAACUGGCACGGCUAGCAAACUCUGCCACUAUUUCCUAGAAGCACUUAAAGAAAAUUUCAAGGUUGAGCGAGCCCACCAGGUAGCGAUGGUCCUGGACCCACAGCUCAAGCUGCGUUCAGUGCCGGCCUAUCAGCAUGAAGAUAUAAUCUCCCGUGCAUGCGAAAUGGCUGCGGAAACCAGAGAUGGAGGUAUGACCGGUGGCGGUGGUUCAGGCGGUGAAGAGCGGGACACCGACGGUCCACCAACCCCUAAAAUCAGCCGCGUAGAGGGAGCGGGAAACAAUGGCAGCACUUCAAGGGGCUCCUCUUCUUACUCCGUGUCUGGUAACGAUGACGGUCAGAGCCAAGUUAGACAAGAGAUUUUUCAGUACCUGGCCGAGCCUCUUCUCCACGGCACACCUGACCUCUUUCAGUAUUGGAGCUCCGUAGUGAACGAGAAGUUCCCCAAGCUCUGUCGCCUGGCGAUGUGGCUCCUUGCCGUGCCUGCUGUGGGCAUACGCAAUGAGUGUGUGACUGUGUGCGAGCAGAGCCUGGCUAUGAAGAGGAGGCAGCAGGUAACCGCCGAGGAGAUGAACAAACUCAUUUUCCUUCGCUCCAACAUGGGCUAAGAGAGAACCUCGACCAACCCUAAUCAACCAAACCUUCACCUCUAACCAAUGACUGAAGACUAUUAUUUAUAUACUGUAGGUUUAGACCAACUGUAAACUUAUAUGUGUUAAAUACUUCUCAAGACAAGAUAUUUACAGGAAACUCACAUUGUAUAGGUUGCAAACACCCAUAAAACAAUACGGCUUAUUACAUAUUUUAUAUGGAGAAAGGACUGUUGUAAAGCACUGUGGACAAAAUGUAGGGGUGGAACGGUAACUCUCAAAAGAUUGUCUUGUUUGGUACGCCGCCCUCGGUUUUCGGGAUGCACAUAUAAGCAGGAUCAGACUCACCAUACCAGUGAUUUGAAUUACUCCAGCCGAAUAUCUAAACUGCUAAAAGGCUACAAUGCUGUUAUUCUCACUGGAUGGCAACAUUUUCAGGUAAACUCAGCUCUCACUGCUUGAAAGUAUUGUCAUAGAUCUGUGAAAACAUUCAGAAGUACUGUAGCAUGUACAGCUUCUGGAGAAUGAUCCUUUUCAUUGGUGUAUGACAAAGCAAUUCAAGACGUGAACCUCACUGCCAUUGAACCUCUGACAAUUAAGUGUACCAGGUCUAUUAUUUACAAUAACGUGUCACUGAAAAUAUUUUUUUAGGCAUAUUCAGCCACAGGAGAUGGUCAGGGAGCAAAAUCAUUGCAGCUCAUUUGACAGUCGCUUCAUGACCUAAAAAUGUAGCCAUGGAUCAUUUGCAUGCACCGCACUGCAUGCAUUUUUCAUUCAAAGGGUAAAACGCAGCUGAUUAAACAUUAAUGCCGAUAUGAUGCUUUCCGUUUUUGUUUAUGUUACAAAUUAUAAAGUAAAGUCAUCUUUCUAAAAUCAACUCGAGGGCUUAUGCUGCUAGAUAUGCAAGUCAAAAGGCUAGAUUUGCACAGAAUGGCCCCAUAUCAUGACGUUAUCUUGAAGAAGAAAAAUAAAGCUUUUGUUAGAUAUUUCUGAAUAUUCACAAAGAGGAAAGCAUCAUAUUAGAAUCUGUUUGUGGUCAGAUCCCAGUCAGCCUUGCCAUAGCUGCAUUGCACCAACAGGGAAUUCAACAACAUGUUCAAUAAAUACAUCUUAUAUUAUUAUCUUUUAAUAAUUGAUGGUACAACCCAUUUUGUAUGACGGUAAACACACAUUAAUGAUUUCUAGAGGCCACAUUUGUGUGGCUGGAUGAUAUUUUGCAGUGCUGGUACUUUACAUCAGUCAGCUCUAUGAAAAGAGAUUUAUACCGGAGACGUUUUGCCUGCGCAUUGCUCUCAGAUAAACGGCAGUAAUGUUAUUAGCCAUCAGUUUAGUAAGCUUGUAGGCAAGGAUUUAAUUCAUAAUUGCAUAAAUCUUUGUGUGUUUGCCCACUGUGUGUAUGUGCAUGUAUUUGUUUCGCUUGUUCAAAGCUUAAUUAGAAAAUAACUUUUCCAUAGGAAAGUUAUUAUAUCAUUAUUAUUAUUUUAUUUUUUUCUUAUUUCCUCAUGCCUUAUGUCUUCCAUACGCGAGCUACACAUUUCCAUUUUUAAAGCAAUAAGCUUUAUCACAGGGCAUAGUUUCCAACUUUAUCUGCUACAAACGACUGUUCUCAUGUCACUCAUGCAGUUAAUCAUUAUUGGUAAAUUAUUUUCUGUUUGUGAAAUCAAUGGGAUUUUCUCAGGAAUUAGUGCACCCAAGCCGGCACCGCCACUUUUUCCUCACUGUACCGAAAACACAGCAAACUGUGACCUCAACGCCGAGGUAUGUACUGAAUCGUGACUUUUGCAAAACGUUCCACCCCAAAUUAGUGCCAUUUGCAACAAACGAAAAAAAUUAAUCAAGGCGACAGUUUAUUUUUUUUUCUGGAUGAAGCAUUUCUGCCAGUACAUUCACUAAAGUCAACACAUGCAUACUAACGACGUCAAGUUGUGUAUUUUUUUAUGAAUCUAAUAUACAGUUACCCGAGCUAAUACCUCCUAAAAUGACUUGGAUGAAUGGAAGUUAUACUGUAAAUUUGUUUGUUGCCUUUGGUACUAAUUAGUUAAGUACUAGUUUGUCAUCUCUGUUUUUGGGCCUUAAGUCUCUUUCAUGCGACCACAUUAAACCCUAAAGUCAGAGCCUACAUCAUGCCUUUUUAUUGCUGUUAAAUGGCCUUCUUUUCACCAUGUUAUCUAAAGCUUGUAGUUUUUUUCUCUCCUGUAGACUCAAAGGAACCUGUGGCUCAUGGUUUGAAACAGUGUCCUCUUGUGGUCAAAUGUGGAGUUUAAAAAAAAUGUAUAUCACAGACAACUGGUAUUUGACAAGUGCUUUAUUCCAAAGUUCAAGUCAUCUUCGUUCAUAAAACAGAUCAGGAAUUAUUUCAACAAUAACACAACCAAGCACAACUUUUCACUGUACAAACCUAUACUCAAAAACUAUACUCAGUAGAACAGGCAGGAAAAUACAUCAAUAUCAAUACUGUGGGUUGAGACUCUCAUUUAUAUUUUGUUUAUUCAUUAUUUGAGGUGCAGCUUAUUGUUUUUUGAUCCUAAAUGGUGCAGUAUUCAUAAAUCAUUAGGCUGCUCCACAUAAAUGACAGGCUACAUCUUUCUUUUUGAUUCAUAUUGAUAUGUAAAACACUAAAAGUCAUAGUUCAGAAAUAAUCAACUGUAAAAAAAAAAAAAACGGUAUCUAAAAAAUAAUCUAAAAAGUAUCUAUUUUGUCAUAUUCAUCUCCCCCGUUUAACUAAAGGUACAGUCACAUUACACUCCUCCCCAUGUCCCGUUCAUUUCAGUUGAAUUUAUGUGACAAAUUCAAGCAUCCUUUUUAUUUCUUUAUGACCUCCAGGGGUCAGAGUUCGCCUUUAUUCCACUUUGACCAUCACAGAUGUGCACGGUCGGCCAGUAGGAACACUGAUGAGCUUUACUCGGAAAUGCAUAAAGUCAUUCUCGCCCUGUGGCACCUGCUUAUUUUGUGCAAUAUCACACUAACAAAGUUAAAAACUGCUGCAUCGCCCUCACAGACAGUUUACUGUUAAUGAUCAUUCUGAUCAACACUUAUUUAUAACCCAGAGUCUGCGUUAUUAAAUGUGACUGUACCUUUUAGUUUGUAAGGACACAGGAAAUAGAAAGUAAAGUCAGUACACUGCACAUGAAGAAUUAUAGGGCAUUUGAGUGAAAGUGUAAAUCCAAGAAGACAGGUCUCGCAUACAUAGAAAUCUUUUGUUCCACCUGAAUGCAGCUGUGUCAGUUUUCAGUAACUGUCAACUUUAAUUAUGAAUGCAUUAAAGGUUGAAAAUGCUUAAAUUAUGUCUUUCAAUCAAAGGUGAAUGGCUCUGCAUUGCAAACUACAUCGUCUUGUUUUCAUAAACUCUUGCCCUUCUUACCUCUAAUAACAGUUUUGAUUUAGUAUUUCAUGAAUACUUUUCUUUUAUUAAAGAGUAACUUAACACCAGGCUGAAUAACAGGUUUUGCUGCAGUGAGAGAUGCUUAGAAAUGUGCUGUUGCACCUGUAACUGCACCAAGAGUACACCAGUGGCGUAAUCAGCCAAGACAGAUGGAAAUGGUGGUCUUUUAGCAAACAUUAAGCAAAAAUGUGCACCUUUUUUAGAUUGAAGUCUCUCCUGUGCAUCAUUGCACCCAGGUUAAACCACUGGAGGUCAGCAAAAACAACAUUUUCAGGUGGUGUUAUGUUACUCUAAUGGUUUCUUAAGCUGUCUAUUUUUCUGUCUUGCAUUAAGGUUUUUGAAAGGAAUUAUUAUGUCAUUCACAUUUUAAAAAUCCACCUGUUUUCCCUCUCUAAGCCUUCAUUCAGUACAACUAAGACAUGUUAUGUUAUUUAAUCGUGAUAAUCAAUAUGUAUACUGCUGUUUUCAGACUCAGUCACAUUUAUAUUUUGGUUAAAAAAAACAAAAAAAAGAUUGCUGUAAAUUAUAUUUAAAAUUUAAUUUUAUAAGUACCAAUCCAAUGUUUUACCUCAGUACUCAAAGGUAAUGCUGUAAUUUAAAGAUUGGAAAUCAGAUGUUCAUACAAAAUUUAGCUAUGGUCUAAGAUAUAAUAGUCAUUGGCUUGCGGUUUUAGCAGUGAUCCUCGAUUGAACUGAUGAAGGGAUUUUCUUACAUUUUUUAAAUAAGUAUUUUAAAUAGGAUAUGCUCUGGGACAAAAUGCCAUUGUUGACGUAAUGAUGUCAACUUAAUAUUACCUAGAAAUAGCAUUCUUUUUGUUGAUUAAAUGAAAUUAUAUCUAAGAUAUGCAUGCUUUUAAUAAGAGUACCGAUAUAUAAAGUUAGAGCCAACAUGAUACACUUCCAUCUGAUGAGAAACACUGGCUUAUGAGCAGACGUUACCUUAAGACACUUAUCAAGAGUCAGAUCAACAACCCGGGCAGAAUUUGAACCUUUCUGAGGCGGGCAUAGCGAGGCUGAUCGUGGGUUGGUGUUUAUGGGUUGACAUCAUCCAUUUUCAGUGGAUGUAUUAUGUAAAUACAACAGAACUGCUGUUUUUAUGCCACAAGGGGGAGCCUUCAUUUCAGAGAUACAGUAGGGAACACCAAUAACAUUAUACCUCUAUUUUCUACAGUAGCAUUUCAAAAGGUUUUUGAUAUAAUAGAAAACUCAACUUAGAUACUGUUAUUAGAAAAAAAAAAGGUCAGCUGUAAGUUUUAUUUUGUUUCAGGAUUUUAACUUAUUCAGAUAUUAUUGUAAAAUAUGGUAUAAGAAUGCAAACACGGAGAUCUUUUCUGUUCUAACUAUGGAUUAUAGUCUGUAUUAUCAAUUCAGGUUAAGACAUUAGUGUUGCUUUCAUCCUAUUUUAUAGGCAUUUCUUCCUUUUAUACUCUGCUAAAAUGCAAAAAAUGGGUUUGAUUCUAUUCAUUUUGUCUUUUUUAUUGCACUUUGGCAGCAGAUUCCUGUGUAGCUUCAGAUCUCAGUUGUCUUAUUAGUAAGCCUAAUUUAUACUUUUGUAGCAACACUAUUUUUAUAUAAUGGCAAAGAAAGGGUUCAGUGUCUUUUUCUUUUUGUUUUUUUCCUGUGUCAUAUGUGGCAGCGCUGUUCAAUGUUUCUUGAAUACAUUACCCACUGUAGUAUGUGAUGUGUGAAUAAACUCCAAAUCUGUGUCAA